GGGUGGGGUGGGGAGGGUCACCCCACUCCUGCCUAUAAAGAGUGUCCCGCCGGCCUCGACGGCCACUUGGUCCUGAACACACACAGCAUGCUGAGCAUCACAGUCCUCGCCGCGCUCCUGGCCUGCGCCUCCAGCUGCGGGGUCCCCACCUUCCUGCCCAACCUAGCGGCCCGGGUGGUGGGAGGAGACAAUGCCCGGCCCCACAGCUGGCCCUGGCAGAUCUCCCUCCAGUACCUCAGGGACGACACGUGGAGGCACACGUGCGGUGGCACCUUGAUCGCCAGCAACUUCGUCCUCACGGCCGCCCAUUGCAUCAGCAACUCCCGGACCUACCGUGUGGCCGUGGGUAAGAACAACCUAGCCGUGGAAGACGAGGAAGGCUCCCUGUACGUGGGCGUGGACACCAUCUUUGUCCAUGAGAAGUGGAACUCCUUCCUGGUGCGCAAUGACAUUGCCCUCAUCAAGCUGGCGGAACCCGUGGAGCUGAGUGACACCAUCCAGGUGGCAUGCCUGCCGGAGGCGGGCUCCGUGAUGUCUCAGGACUACCCCUGCUACGUCACUGGCUGGGGACGCCUCUGGACCAACGGCCCCAUCGCCGAGGAGCUGCAGCAGGGCCUGCAGCCCGUGGUGGACCACGCCACGUGCACCCAGAAAGACUGGUGGGGCACCAUGGUGAAGGACACCAUGGUGUGCGCUGGGGGUGACGGCGUCAUCUCGGCCUGCAACGGGGACUCCGGCGGCCCGCUGAACUGCCAGGCGGAGAACGGCUCCUGGGAGGUGCGCGGCAUCGUGAGCUUCGGCUCCGGGCUGGGCUGCAACACCCUCAAGAAGCCCGCCGUCUACACCCGCGUGUCCGCCUACAUCGACUGGAUCAACGAGAAAAUGCAGCUGUGAUUCAUCCGUGAGAGCUGUGGCAGCAAAUCCCUGCAACCCCAAUAAACGUCCUAACACUCAA